AUGAAAGACCUUUAUCCAAAAGUAUUAGAGGAGUUGCUUAUUAGACGAAAUUUGCUAAAAAGACGUCUUGCUCUAUUAAAUGAUAAAAAAGAAGAAUUAGAAAAGAAGAUUAAUUUGGCAGAAGAAAGAGGCAUAGUUGUUACAGAUACUUUAAAAUCUAAAUACUCUUCAGUUGUCUUUAAUAUCGCUUAUCUAGAUGUAAAACACCUCACUUUAAAAGUGUAUAUAAAUACAUUUUACGAUGAAGCUGAGAAUAUAUUAGCAAGCGGGAUAAUAUUAGCUGGUCAGCAGAAUAUCAAGCUUAUUGCCAACCUUGUCAGAAGUAAAAGGUUCAGUGUAAAAUAUGAGAAUACAGAUUUCUUAUACUUUGUCUGUCUAGAAGAAUGCUUUCAGAAAUGUGAUAAGAUAUAUGACAAUGAUAAUGGGAUCUCAAAAGAAAAAUAUUGGUCUAGAAUGGUAAACAUCUCUAUGGAAGUAAUAGAAAGAUUUCGUGAUAAAGUUAAUGACUUUUUCAGAAAUAAUAAUGAAUCAUCUUAUCUCAAAAUGAUGUAUGAGGAAGUCUUAUUUUCAGUAGUAUUUACUGAAAAGAAAAAAUACUACAGCAUUUCACAUAAAAAAGACGUGCUCAAAGAGACCAUAAAUGUUAUUUCACAGAUAGACCUUAAUGGAGUGGUUAAAACUGCUAUGUGGAAAUCUGAUAAAAAUAAUAAGAGUAUCUAG